CCUGGAACUUUGGCACAGCUCAUAACACGGCAAAGGACCACCCUCGGACUCGAAUCCGUCCUUGUCCAUUCGAUCGCGAUUCAUCGAAAGGGACACUCCGAUACGAUCCACCUCGAUGCCCCCAUUCUCUCCAUACCCACUCUCUCAUCCGAACCAGACAUCCGCCUCUGGAUCAGUCCCAAGAUCGCCCACCUCGGCCUCGGCUUCCUCGCUCUCAUCGUCAACGGGCCUGUCCACCUCGUAUACCCAGGGGUUCUAUAGUACAGCCCCUACGAGUCGGGUGAACACACCAGGGAUGAGUCUGAAGUCUGGGGGAAAGAGCGAGCAGGGCUACCAGUUCGGGUCAGGGUCGGGGUCGGGGUCGGAUGAUCACAGAGGAGAGGAUGAUAAUAGAGAACUCGAAAGUCAGGAUGGGUCAGAGAAAGGGGAAUCGGAAUUGGCUUUCGGAGGAGGUAUGGUUGCGGUGGACGAGCUGGAUAUCGGGUCGGUUCCUUUUCCCAAAACCACCACCUCUGCCGUCGGCGGCUCGUCCUCGUCUUCUUCAUCGUCCCGCCCAGGACUGUCCGAACAGAACCUCGCCAGUCAUUCCAUCUCCAAUUCCAAUCCUACAACCUCGACUUCCCACCGACCAGUCACCUCUUCCUCGGCACCUAAUACUACCGGUACUGGAGCGUCUUACCCUCAGACCCACUCUUCAGCGGCGGGAGCGAGCAAGAUGGCCAUGGCUAUCGCUGCGAGAAAGGGGAAAGGGUUGCCGCUCGACGUGGACGAUGAGGUGGAACAUCCCCUGAGUGGAAAGGCACUCGCUAGGCGAGGAUACCAAUCACACCUCCUCUUCAAGCACGUCUUUCAUCUCGAGGAUCGUUGGACCCGUCUUCGAGAGCUAGGGCAGGGAGCUUACGGACUGGUCAUCUCGGCCGAAGACUCGAUCUCGGGGGAAAAGAUCGCCAUCAAGCUCUUGACGAGGGUGUUUGACAAGGUCAUCUUGGCGAGGAGAUGUCUGAGAGAGUUGACCUUGUUGAGGCAUCUGAAUGGGCAUGAGAAUAUCACCGGGUUGAUCGAUCUAGACGUCGUGCUCGAUGACUUCAACGAAAUUUACCUGUUCAUGGAACCCAUGGAAGCCGACCUCCACCAGAUCAUCCGCUCGGGACAACAACUCACCAACUCUCAUAUCUGCUACUUUCUCUACCAAAUCCUCCGAGGAAUGAAAUAUAUACACUCGGCCAACGUCAUCCACCGAGACCUGAAACCGGGCAACCUCCUCGUAAACGCCGACUGCGAGCUCAAAAUCUGUGAUUUCGGACUGGCACGCGGCUUUAAGCCUGAUCCAACCGAGUGGGAUCCUAAUUCCAUGCCUGAAGGUGGAGCCAUGACGGAAUACGUCGCGACGAGGUGGUACAGGGCGCCCGAGAUCAUGCUCUCCUUCAAGCGGUAUUCAACUGCAAUCGAUGUCUGGUCGAUAGGAUGCAUCUUGGCCGAGCUGUUGGGAGGCAAACCGCUUUUCAAGGGAAAGGACUACAUCGACCAACUCAACCUGAUCUUGCAGACCUUAGGGACACCUGACGAGUCCACCUUGGAACGUGUGGGAAGCGAAAGGGCGUGUCAAUACAUCAGGAGCCUGCCAAAGAGCGAAAAGGUCCCAUUUGCCGAACUGUUCCCGGAUGCCGAUCCAAACGCCGUGGACCUUCUGGAGAAGAUGCUCACGUUCGAUCCGGCCGAUCGGAUGACGGUGCAGGAGGCUUUACUACAUCCUUACCUCGCACCGUACCAUGAUGAUACGGACGAACCCGAGUGUCCGAUCAAGUUCGACAAGUGGGAAGAGGUUGAAGGUAUCCAAUCACUGGCAGAGUUCCGCGAGACGAUCCACCGAGAGGUGGAAGAAUUCCGCGCAGAAGUCCGAACCGUCGAAGAGUGGGACUCGGACUCGAACAUAAGCGGAAUUCAGUCGAACGCGCUCACUGACGAGGAGUCAGGACCAGAGCGGGAGGACGCGUCAGUGGCGGAAGACAACAAGAUCGAGACGUUGAUCUCCCCUCGAGACUCAGCUCAUGGAACACCUCGCGAAGUCACAACCCCAUUAUCAGCCACAUCCGAGCUGUCGACAGCGAGUCACAUACGUCCAGGUCGUGCGCGUCGAAGCAAUUCGAGCAACUCUGGCUUUGGCGAUCCGUUUGGCCGACGGCCAAGCUCGAUGUUCGGCCUGGGUUUGGGCAUGUCUGGUAUGACGCCCAUCGAUGGCGGGUACCGGGAUGGCGCUCAUAGCUUGACUCGAGGUCAUAGCGCACGGAAUUCGAUCUCGAUUGCCGAAUUCGCCAGUGGCAAGAUCAAGUCACGGCAGGGAUCGACGUCCUCCUACGUGCGGCCGCUCUUGCGCAGCCUUUCGACAUUGUCUGUGGCCGACCUCAAUGUAGCGACGCAUCAGAUUGGUGACGAGCCUCCUCCCAUGACCGUUUCCGCCAGCGAUGCGCCUCCGUCCGAGGCUCCUCGUACGUUUGGGACCAUACAUAGUCGCCCUGUGACCCCGCCUCGGCCCUAAAAGGCCCCCUCACCGCCCUUCCCGGCACCACUUGCACAUGGAAUAUUUUUCUACACAUCUUGCAUUCACAACACAGACCCUAAACAAGCCCAACCUGAGGAAAGCAAAUUACCAGUUGAGAGGCACACUUGAGAGGCACAAGUCUUGUAACACCAUUCCGAGAUCGGAAACGAGCAUUCUUUUGUAUUUUGCAUUCAAACGGCUGGAUGGCAUGCAUACCUUUUG